GAUCGCCCCUGCGUUGCUGAGACAGGCCUCCUAUGGCACCAUAAAGAUUGGCAUUUACCAGAGCUUGAAGCGGCUGUUUGUAGAUCGCAUGGAAGAUGAAACGUUGCUAAUCAAUGUAAUCUGCGGAGUGGUUUCAGGGGUGAUCUCCUCUGCAAUUGCCAAUCCGACAGAUGUGCUGAAGAUUCGAAUGCAGGCUCAAGGCAGUUUAUUCCAGGGUGGCAUGAUUGGCAGCUUCAUCGACAUCUACCAGCAGGAGGGUACCCGAGGCCUCUGGAGGGGUGUUGUCCCAACAGCUCAGAGAGCCGCCAUCGUGGUCGGGGUGGAACUGCCAGUCUAUGACAUCACCAAGAAGCACUUAAUCCUGUCAGGCCUGAUGGGCGACACCAUCUUCGCCCACUUCGUUUCCAGUUUUACAUGUGGGCUGGCUGGGGCCAUUGCCUCCAACCCUGUGGACGUGGUGCGGACACGGAUGAUGAACCAGCGGGCAAUAGUGGGCAGCACGGAGCUCUAUAGGGGCACUCUGGAUGGCCUUGUGAAGACAUGGAAGAGCGAGGGCUUCUUUGCACUCUAUAAAGGUUUCUGGCCCAACUGGCUUCGGCUCGGUCCCUGGAACAUCAUUUUUUUUAUCACAUAUGAGCAGUUGAAGCGACUUCCAUUCUGACAGCUGGCUUCAUUUCCUGAGAGUCAUCUUCGAGACUUGCAGCAGAGAGCUUUGCUGCAGCCUUCCCCUUCAUUUCACCAUCCCCAUGUUUUGAUGUUUUGGUACACGUGGGUCUGGGCUCUCCCCCUCCCCGAAAUGCAUGGUCCCCGGAGCAUGAUCUGGCUGAAGUAUAACUGGGAGGCUGAUGGCAGGCGCUGCAUGUUUUUUCACACGGAGGCAAGUAUUAACGGUGUACAAGUGUCUGGGCCUGAAGCAAUAUCUUCUGUGAAGAUCUGCGCAUUCCAGUGGCUUUUUGGUGCAACUGUGGUUUGUUGUUUGGCUCACAUGCAUUUUUCUGCCGUGCCUGCGGGUGAGGCUGGAGGCUGGGAAGGGGUGCUGUCAUGUUUUCUUGCAGAACUGUAACCUCAUUAAAUUAUUUAUUGACUGGA